AUGGUCCAGACUCGAUCAAAUGAUACAUCUACCAGCUCUCCACUUCAGGCGCUGGUCAUCGGCAUCGACAAAUACAAGUCUGCCAAUAUUGAGGCCCUUCGUGGAGCCGUAGCAGAUGCUGACGACAUUGCCCGCUUUCUGCGUACGGAGAUGCACGUGCCGGACGAGCAGAUCGUGAACCUCCGCAACGAAGCGGCCACCAGGAAAGCUAUACUGCACGAAGUCGAAGCCUUGCAAAAGCGCGAAGCUCGUGCAGGUGACCCAUUUUUGAUAUACUAUGCCGGUCACGGUACCACAGCAGAGGCGGUUGAGGGCUGGGUGACAGGAAGCGGACAGAUAUCUAUGCUGGUUCCCUACGAUGGCGACACCGAGGGAAGCGACGAGGACUUGUGCGUGCACAACAUACCGGAUCGAACCGUGGGUGCGCUGUUGCAUGCCCUCGCUGAGAGCAAAGAUGGCAGUGGAAAAGGUGAUAAUAUCACUGUAAUCAUGGACUGCUGCCAUUCCGGAUCAGGAACCCGUGGGCUGCUGAAGGCACGCCGUAUCAAGAUGGCGAAGGGUUACCGGAUCCCGUCGAGUCUGGACAAGAACAUACUUAGCAAGGCACCGAAAGAGCGUGGAUGCAAAAAAACGACUGGCUUUCUGAGAUCGGGGUUGAGCUCACAUGUUCUGCUUGCGGCUUGCCGGGAGGACGAGCUCGCCUACGAGCAGGGCGGACGUGGACUCUUCACCCGCGCGCUUUUGUGUGCACUGCGAAGUGUUUCCGCACACAAGAUAACCUAUCAAGAGCUUAUGAAAAGCAUCACAAUCAAAGGCCAAACUCCACAGUGCGAGGGAAACACCAACCGUAUCUUGUUCAAUGCUCUCUCGCCAAGCGAGAUGCGGACUGUCUACCCUAUCGUCCAGAAAGACGGCAGAUGCACGAUCGACGCAGGCCUUGCCCACGGCGUCUAUGACGGUGCCCGAUUCCACAUAUACUCAUCUGCCGACUUCACCGACGAGGAUUCGCCAUUGACCACGAUGACAUCGACGGCUGUGAAGCCGUUCAUCUCCGAGCUUUGUGCCAGCCCUUCGGGUUUAGCGUCAUCAUCUCAUCUGCCCCGUCUCUGCUUCGCUUUGCAGGCGUCCAUCGGACACGUGGCCUCCCUCCGUCUGCACCUCCCAUUAUUCGAAAUAGGAGACGAUCAUCCCGCUGCAGUAGCAGCACUCCCGAAGGCACUCUUGAAGGAACUCCAGCGUCAAGGACAGCUGGAGCGCCCGUCUGUCCGGCUCGUUGAUCCGACGGAGGCUGAUCUGAGCGUCCAUCCGGCAAGCGGCGGCGUAGAGUACCGCAUUCACAACGCGCAGAUUGUACGCCACGGACUCCGUAGACUAUGGAAAGGGACAGAGGCGAGCGUACACGGCAUACGGCCUAUCCUGCACUCCGCAGGCACCUUCUUCUGGCACCUCUUUCGGUCCCCGAACAAAGGUCUGCUCCGCGAUCAGAUCGUCUCAGAAGUACACAAGCUACUGCCAGGCAGCAACGGCGAGAGAGAUUCCUUUAUGAAGCGUCUGCUCGCUAGACAUGGCGACAACCUCUUCCUAUCCGGUUCUGUCAACAUCGUCGCGGAUGAUCAGACAGCGUUUGGGAUCACACUGGAAAACCAUAAUCCAGUAUCGCUACAUGUAUGGGGGUUCUAUUUUGACUGCAGUGACUUAUCUAUCACUGAGCUAUAUCGACCACCAGCUAUAGGAAUCGGUGCAGAACCAUCGAUCCCAGCACAAGGGUCCUUGUCCAUAGGCUACGGUGCCGGUGGGGGACGACCCUUCACAUGCUUCACACGUUCAGACCAAGAUCUCGAUGUGGGCUUCCUCAAGUUCUUCUUCACAACAGAGUUUGUCGAUCUCGGUGGGAUUGCACAGAUGUCGCCGUUCGAGAAGAGCAGGCCUCGCAAUAUUCGCAGGCGGCAGCCAGAUAUCGGGCCGCAAUGGGAUACCAUUUCGAUACCUGUUGUACAGCAUCGCACAAGACUUUGCGAGCUACAGCCUUCAUUCCAUUCCUGUUGA